AUGAGCCAAGAUGCCUCUUCUCCACUCCGCUACGUGCGGUAUGACAGCUCGCGUGAGAACGAGUAUGUCGCCGCAAUGCGCCAGUUGAUCUCCAAGGAUCUCUCCGAACCUUACAGCAUCUACGUCUACCGCUACUUCUUAUAUCAAUGGGGCGAUCUCUGUUUCCUCGCCAUGGACGAAAAGGAUAACAUGGUCGGAGUCGUAGUUUCAAAGCUUGAGCCUCAUCGCAGCGGUCCAUUGAGGGGGUAUAUCGCCAUGCUGGCCGUGCGCGAGGAGUACCGAGGACGGGGCAUUGCGACGAACCUAGUGCGCAUGGCUAUAGAUGCGAUGACCGAGCGAGAUGCAGACGAGAUCGUGCUCGAGACAGAAAUGACCAACACCGCAGCGAUGAAGCUGUACGAACGACUAGGCUUCCUCCGCAGCAAGCGACUACAUCGAUAUUAUUUAAAUGGGAAUUCGGCUUAUCGUCUUGUUCUCUACCUGAAAGAGGGCGUGGGCUCAGUUCGAACGGCGUUUGAUCCUUACGGUCCACCUCCGGGGAUGGUCGAGGCGCCCAAUAUUGCUGCUACUGGACAUGGAAACGGUGGUAACUGA